AGUGGCGCUCUAGCCCGCGGUGUGCGGGGCGAGCUCUCAGUGGUGCGGCCGGCGGGCGGCGAUGGCGGCCGCACGGGGCCUGCGAGUGUCGGUGAAGGCGGAGGUCCCGGCGGGGCCGGCCUUGGGGCCCCCGUCGCCUGAAGCGGAGUCAGGUUUGGACCGCGGCGAGCCGGAGCCCAUGGAGGUGGAGGAGGGCGAGCUGGAGGUCGUGCCGGUUCGGCGCUCGCUGAAGGAACUGAUCCCGGACACAAGCAGAAGAUAUGAAAAUAAGGCUGGCAGCUUCAUCACUGGAAUCGAUGUCACCUCCAAGGAAGCAAUUGAAAAGAAAGAACAGCGAGCCAAGCGCUUCCAUUUUCGAUCAGAAGUAAAUCUUGCCCAAAGAAAUGUGGCCUUGGACCGAGACAUGAUGAAGAAAGCAAUCCCCAAAGUGAGACUGGAGACAAUCUACAUUUGCGGCGUAGAUGAGAUGAGUACCCAGGAUGUCUUUUCCUAUUUUAAAGAAUAUCCUCCGGCCCACAUUGAGUGGUUGGAUGAUACCUCCUGUAACGUGGUUUGGUUGGAUGAAAUGACAGCCACACGAGCCCUUAUCAAUAUGAGUUCCCUGCCAGCCCUGGAUAAGAUAAGAAGCAGGGAUGCCAAUGAGGACAAGUCAUCUGAGAAAAGUAAAAAAGACAAGCAAGAAGACAGUUCCGAUGACGAUGAGGCUGAAGAAGGAGAAGUUGAAGAUGAGAACGCAAGUGAUGUAGAGUUGGACACGUUGUCUCAGGUAGAAGAAGAGUCUCUGCUAAGAAAUGAUCUUCGUCCAGCUAACAAACUUGCUAAAGGAAAUAGAUUAUUCAUGAGAUUUGCUACAAAAGAUGACAAAAAGGAACUUGGAGCAGCGAGAAGAAGUCAGUAUUACAUGAAAUAUGGGAAUCCAAAUUACGGAGGCAUGAAAGGAAUUCUUAGUAAUUCUUGGAAGCGAAGAUACCAUUCCCGUCGCAUUCAGCGGGAUGUGAUCAAGAAGAGAGCCCUGAUUGGGGACGACGUUGGCUUGACAUCCUAUAAACACCGACAUUCCGGACUAGUGAAUGUUCCUGAGGAACCCAUUGAAGAGGAGGAAGAGGAGGAGGAGGAAGAGGAGGACCAGGACAUGGAUGCUGAUGACAGGGUGGUGGUGGAGUACCACGAGGAGCUCCCAGCCCUCAAGCAGACCCGGGAGCGGAGCACAUCUCGGCGGUCCAGUGCCAGCAGCUCAGACUCGGAUGAAAUGGACUAUGAUCUAGAACUGAAAAUGAUUUCCACUCCUUCACCGAAGAAGAGCAUGAAAAUGACGAUGUAUGCUGACGAAGUGGAAUCGCAGUUGAAAAAUAUCAGGAACUCCAUGAGGGCAGAUACUCUAUCUACAAGCAAUAUAAAAAACCGAAUUGGUAACAAAUUAACACCUGAGAAAUUUGCAGAUGUCCGACAUUUGUUAGAUGAAAAACGUCAACACACACGUCCACGGCCACCUGGCAGCAGUACUAAAACAGAUAUACGCCAGCGAUUAGGAAAAAGACCACAUUCUCCGGAAAAGGCUUUUAGUAGUAACCCAGUCGUUCGGAGAGAGCCCUUUUCUGAUGUACAUAGUAGGCUAGGUGUUCCCAGGCAAGAUGUUAAAGGCCUCUACUCUGAUACUCGGGAGAAGAAAUCAGGUAGUUUAUGGACUCGCUUAGGAUCUGCACCCAAGACCAAAGAAAAGAACACGAAGAAAGUGGAUCACAGGGCUCCCGGCACAGAGGAAGACGACUCCGAGCUGCAAAGGGCAUGGGGGGCUCUGAUUAAGGAGAAAGAACAGUCUCGCCAAAAGAAGAGCCGCUGUUACCAGCACCCUUUUCCCAAGAAAAGUCAAUUCCCAGGUGCUUAUUGGACAGCCUUCGAGGGGGAAGAUGAGGGAAGCUGCCAGCUCACCCUUCCAGGAUCCUAGUGUGGGGGCCGAAUCUCAUGGACCUGACCUCAGAGGUGCACCCGUGCCGCCCAGGUAGAUAAGAGCCGCAGCGUCGAUCGCCCUUCGUUCCUCCCUGGGGAUUUCUGUUAGGGGGCCUUGUUAGUGAUCAGCUUGAAGUGAAGAUCAAGUUCAGUGCUGUGGGAUUUUUAGGAACAAAAAACUGUGACUUUGGGAUUUGGGGUGGAUUUUUGUGCUAGGGGUGGGGUCAUGGGUUAAUGUUGAACAAUUUUUAAGUCUGUAUUAUGUUUGAAAAAUAUUAAUGAUUUAAAAGUUAAAAUUUUUAAUUUUUAUAUGUGAAAAUACUUCCUGUUGGCUACGAGGGAAGCUCAAGUGGUGUCUUCUUAUGUGCUGUUAAAUAUAUAUUAUAUACUUUGGAAGAAGGCAAAGAGGGGAGCCUCAUUAUUUUUAAAUGAUCCUAAGUGUAUAGUCUGUCUGUUGUACAUAGAGUUUAACUUGCUUUUUGGCCGCUGUAGGGAAAAAUACCCAUCCACCUGAGAUGGGAACCUGUCAUUUAUAAUCACUUCAGAAGUGAUACACUGUUAUUUAUUCUUUCUGUCUCCAAGUUCUGGCACUUGGAGACUUCUUCAAAACUGGCAAAUAAGAUAAUAGUUAUAGAAAUUUUAGUUCAUUUAUUUCUAAACUCCUUUCAGUUUAUUUUACCAUGAGAAGGUGGUAGAUUAUUUUGUCUUCCUGUCUGAUUUUUAUUUUGAAGUAUUUAGUGUUGUAUUCCUCUGCAGGCUUAAAAAUAGUGUUUUACUUCAAUUCAGUAGAGCUUAGGAGUUAAAGAGAAUAAAGCCUGUGUUGCUUGUGUGAUGUCACAACCCCUCACCUGUCUGGAAUGUUCAGCACCCAGUGCAGCUCAGGGUUCUAGAGAUCUUUGCUCGUGCCUGAGCUAAUGGUCACAUGAUUAGUUGAUUGCAGUGUGGUGCGAUGGAGGGCGGAACGAACGCUUUGUUUAAUAAAGAAAGGCGGGGAGACUUGAGAGUUGCAACAAGAACUGUGUUGUCCAUAUUUUGUUGGUUAACCUGCUUUUUCCCUCCCUGUAGAAAGAUGAGAGCAUGUAACCAUGAUAUGUUUCAGCUUCCUAGUGGGAUUCUAGGAAAGAGCUGGUUCGGGUUUCUCUGCCAGUUGAGACCUAAGGUUUCUGAGGUUUCUCAGCUCUUUGCCCAUGAAGCACACAGCUGAGAACCAGGUUCUUGAGGAGGGGCCAGGGUCUGGGCGGUUGGUCAAGUGAGAAGUGCAGGGGCUGUAGAGUCAGAGACGCUGACCCCUGGCUCUGCUCCGUGGGCCUGGGCCUCAGUUUCCCCUUCUAGCAAAUGAAUGGGCUGGUACCAGAGCUGCUGGCUUCGUUGGUGCGUCUUAAUGGUGUUUUGCUGUGUCAGAGCGGUGGCUGCAGCGGGCUGGCCAGCACCAGUGUCUGCGGCAGGUGCAGGGAGGGUCAAGGAGACAACUGAGGGUGUGCAUGAGGUUGUGGACGGGACUACCCCCACCCCAUUCCAGUCUCUGGGCCCCUAGUGAGACAAAGAGGUCCCCGUGGUCAGGGUCCCCACUGACAUGCUCUCUGCAGUGUUCAGAAAACUCCCCUUCUCAGACUUUCCCUUGUGUUUCCCAGUCAUGACCCUUUCCCACCAGUAGUUCAGGCCCACUUGUCCCAUGGCCUUUCAGCCCUCACCAGUCUUCUGCUAGGGAUCAAGGAAGACUUUCAGGAAGGGCGGUGGUGUGUAGUUAAAACUGACGUGACCAAGAAAAAUGCCUACUUCAGCAGGCUUGCAGUUCUCACAAACACGCAGAGCCCAGAAAAUUACCUUUAAAGACGUUAAGUUUUAUUUCCCAAAGUUACUGGCCUUAGCCUCUCACUCGCCAGCCCACUCAAGCACUCAGAUCUUGCAGCAUCUUACGAGUGCUCUGGAAGCCCAGGCCCUUUCUUGGGAGUUGGGGAGCAAAGAUGGACAGUCGGUUUAGUCUUUACACAUAUGAGAUUUUAGAUACGUUUUUGCUGCUUGAUAAUACUUACAGAUACCUCAUUUCUGUUUUCCACUCUCCGCCUUGGGAGAGGUGCCAACUACCCAGGAGAGCUUGUGGAGCCCAGCACACAAUGGAACCUCUCCUCCCCUGGCCUCCUCUAGCCUGACCCCAUGAGUCCCUCGCCUUAGGUCAGAAACUGUCUUCUCCCACUCCAUCCCCGCAGCAGCCUCUUUACUGGUUCCUCUCCCCUGUCUCUCCCUCUCCAUUCUGCACACUGCAGCUGGGAUGAACUUUCGGUGUUGUUAGCAGCUUUAUUGAGAUAUAAUUUACAUAGCAUACAGUUCACGCAUUUAAAGUGUACACUUCAGUGGCUUUUAGUAUAUUCACAGAGUUGUGCAUCCAUUGCCAUAAUCAAUGUUAGAAUAUUUUCAUCAUCAAAAAGAAACCCUGUACCCAUUCACAGUACCCCAUUCCUUCUUCCCCACUGGCAACCACUAACUACUUUUUGUCUCUAUGGAUUUAUCUAUUCUGAACAUUUCAUAUAAAUGGGAAUGAUACACUUUGUGGCUGUUUGUGACUGGUUUCUUUAACUAAACAUAUUUUCGAGGUUCAUCCAUGUUGUAAUAUAUAUCAGUACUUCAUUUCUUUUUAUUGCUGAGUAA